AUGGGGUUGUCUUUAAUAUUUACUACAGCUGCCCUGCAGCUCGCAGACGCUGCUGCGGUGCAAAAGCGAACGUCCAAUGCUACUGAGUUGGAAUACUACUGGUCCUAUGGACGUUCGGAACCUGUUUACCCAACCCCUGAAACAGCGGGCUUGGGUGAUUGGGCGGAUGCCUAUGCUAAGGGAAAGUCCCUUGUAGCUCAAAUGACAGAUGAGGAGAAGGAUAACAUUACCUACGGCUACUCAUCCACAACAAACGGGUGCUCUGGAAAUUCUGGGAGUGUUCCUCGACUAGGAUUCCCUGGACUUUGUCUACAGGAUGCAGCCAGUGGCGUGCGAGGGACCGACAUGGUCAACGCUUACGCGUCGGGUCUGCAUAUAGGAGCUUCGUGGAACCGUGACCUCGCCUACGAGCGCGCUCACUACAUGGGAGCAGAGUUCAAGCGCAAGGGAGUUAAUGUUGCACUAGGGCCAGUCGUGGGGCCACUAGGUCGCAUGGCUCGGGGUGGUCGCAACUGGGAGGGCUUCAGCAACGACCCGUAUCUUGCCGGUGCGCUUGCGAAAACCUCUAUCACUGGCCUGCAGGAGUCUGUUGUUGCCUGUCUCAAGCAUUGGAUAGGAUAUGAACAGGAGACAAGCCGCAACCCAACAUCUUUGUACAACCAGUCCGUAUCCUCGAACAUUGACGAUAAAACUAUGCAUGAGCUCUACAUGUGGCCCUUCCAGGAUGCGGUCAAGGCGGGGGCAGGGUCCGUCAUGUGCAGUUACAAUCGAGUUAACAACAGCUAUAGCUGUCAAAACAGCAGGACCAUGAACGGACUUCUGAAAGGCGAACUAGGCUUUCAGGGAUUUGUUGUCUCUGACUGGUAUGCCCAGCAUACUGGGAUUGCCGGUGCAGAAGCCGGUCUUGAUAUGGUGAUGCCUGACUCAACUUACUGGGACAAUGGCACUCUGUCUUUGGCCGUCCAAAAUGGAUCAUUGUCCUCCACGCGUCUGGAUGACAUGGCUACUCGCAUUGUCACAGCCUGGUACAAGUACGCAGAGCUGGAGAACCCUGGUUUCGGAAUGCCCGUCAGCCUCCUAGCCCCGCACGAACUGGUUGAUGCCCGUGAUCCCGAUUCCAAGCCUGCCAUCCUCCAAGAGGCAGUUGAAGGUCAUGUCCUGGUCAAGAACACCAACAACGCUCUGCCUUUGCAGGGCCCAAAGCUUCUCUCUCUAUUCGGCUAUGAUGCGAUUGCUGCAGCCCGUAACACCAUGGACGAUCUUUCGUUUAGCCUAUGGUCAAUGGCACUCGACAACACCCUGUCAUACCCCAACGGCACGGCCGUCGUGCCAUCAGAGCUCGACGAAAUCUUCCUCUCCAGCAGUAGCCCCUACAACAGCGGCCCUGGCGUGGCCCUGAACGGUACCAUGAUCUCCGGGGGCGGCUCCGGCUCCAGCACCCCAUCCUACAUCGACGCACCCUUCGACGCCUUUCAACGUCAAGCGUACGAAGACAACACCUUCCUCGCAUGGGACUUCGCCUCCCAAGACCCCCUCGUGAACCAAGGCAGCGAAGCCUGCAUCGUUUUCAUCAACGAAGCGGCUGCAGAGGGAUGGGAUCGCCCCUACCUGGCAGACUCCUACUCCGACACACUCGUCGAGAACGUAGCCGGACAGUGCAACAACACCAUGGUGGUGAUCCACAACGCCGGCAUCCGUCUCGUCGACCGCUGGAUCGACCACCCCAACAUCACCGCCGUCAUCUACGCCCAUCUCCCGGGCCAAGACAGCGGCCGCGCUCUCGUGGAAGUCAUGUACGGCAAGCAAUCCCCCUCCGGCCGUCUCCCCUACACCGUCGCCAAGAACGAAUCCGACUACGGCGCGCUCCUCAACCCGACCAUCUCCGCCGGCACCCAGGACCUCUACUACCCGCAAUCGAACUUCUCGGAGGGCGUCUACAUCGACUACAAAGCCUUCGAGGCCAAGAACAUCACCCCCCGCUAUGAGUUCGGCUACGGAAUAACCUACACCACGUUCUCCUACUCUGAUCUCACCAUCUCGCUCAAUCACACCGCGAACACCAGCUAUAUCCCCCCAGGCACCACCAUCGCCGAGGGCGGCCUUCCCUCCCUAUGGGACAUCAUCGCCACCGUUACCUGCACGAUCUCUAACACCGGCUCCGUCGCCGCCGCAGAGGUCGCGCAGCUGUACCUCGGCAUCCCCGGUGGCCCCGCGAAGGUCCUCCGCGGAUUCGAGAAACAGCUCAUCCACCCUGGAAACAACACCCAUGUUUCAUUCGACCUGACGCGUCGCGACCUCAGUACCUGGGACGUGGAGAAGCAGAGCUGGGGGCUCCAGGCGGGCUCGUACGCGGUCUACGUGGGGAAAAGCGUGCUCGAUAUCCAGUUAACGGGGACUUUAACGAUAUGAUCAGC